ACGGCCUUUUCAGCUGAGGCUGCCCAAGGGCUGUGACCCGCAAUGUGAGCGCGCCCCACAGGAGCGGUGGAAAGAUGAUAGCACAGCUGGCCACGAUGGGGACGGCUCCCACACAGGACCAGACCCUGGAUCCCCUCCCAAAUAUUGUAACCAGGAAGGUGAAAGGAGGUAACAUCGAUGUACAUCCCUCUGAAAAAGCCCUUAUUGUUCAUUAUGAAGUGGAAGCAACCAUUCUUGGAGAAAUGGGGGACCCCAUGCUGGGGGAGCGCAAGGAGUGUCAAAAAAUCAUUCGGCUGAAGAGUCUUAAUGCAAACACAGAUGUUGCUUCCCUGGCUCGAAAGGUGGUGGAGGAAUGCAAGCUCAUUCACCCCUCCAAGCUAGCAGAGGUGGAACAGCUGCUGUACUACCUGCAGAACCGCAGAGAUGCCUCUUCUGGGAAAGAAAAGAAAGAGAAAUCUAGUAAACCGAAAGAUCCACCCCCUUUUGAAGGAAUGGAGAUUGAUGAAGUGGCCAAUAUCAAUGACAUGGAUGAGUACAUUGAGUUACUGUACGAGGAUAUUCCUGAUAAGGUGCGUGGCUCUGCCCUUAUCCUACAACUCGCCAGGAACCCUGAUAAUUUGGAAGAAUUGCUGCUCAAUGAAACUGCACUGGGUGCAUUAGCCAGAGUGCUGAGAGAAGACUGGAAACAAAGUGUGGAACUUGCUACUAAUAUAAUUUAUAUUUUCUUUUGCUUUUCAAGUUUUUCUCAGUUUCAUGGACUAAUCACACACUACAAAAUUGGAGCUCUAUGUAUGAACAUCAUAGAUCAUGAGCUGAAGAGGCAUGAGCUCUGGCAGGAGGAACUCACCAAGAAGAAGAAAGCUGUUGAUGAAGAUCCUGAGAAUCAAACCCUGAAAAAGGACUACGAGAAAACCUAUAAAAAGUACCAGGGGCUGGUGGUCAAGCAGGAGCAGCUGCUGCGAGUGGCUCUUUAUCUGCUGCACGAGCUGAAGAUGAGGAACAAGAACAUUGUCCACAUGCUAGUGAAAGCCCUGGACCGAGAGAACUUUGAGCUGCUUAUUCUGGUGGUGUCUUUCCUGAAGAAACUUAGCAUUUUUAUGGAGAACAAGAAUGACAUGGUUGAAAUGGAUAUUGUUGAAAAACUGGUGAAAAUGGUCCCGUGUGAGCAUGAAGACCUCCUGAAUAUCACCCUUCGACUUCUCCUGAACCUGUCCUUUGACACGGGCCUGAGAAACAAGAUGGUCCAAGUUGGGCUGCUUCCCAAACUCACUGCACUUCUAGCAAACGAAAGCUACAGACAGGUAGCAAUGUGUGUUCUGUAUCACAUAAGCAUGGACGAUCGCUUUAAAUCGAUGUUUGCCUACACAGACUGUAUACCACAGCUCAUGAAGAUGCUCUUUGAGUUCCCUGAUGAACGCAUUGACCUGGAGCUCAUUUCCUUCUGCAUUAACCUGGCUGCUAACAAGAGAAAUGUGCAACUUAUCUGCGAAGGAAAUGGGUUGAAGCUGUUAAUGAAGAGAGCUCUGAAGUUCAAGGAUCCACUGUUGAUGAAGAUGAUCAGGAACAUUUCCCAACAUGAUGAGCCAACCAAAAACCUGUUUAUUGAUUAUGUUGGUGACUUAGCAGCUCAGAUCUCUAAUGAUGAAGAAGAAGAAUUUGUGAUAGAAUGCCUGGGAACACUAGCUAAUCUGACCUUACCUGACCUGGACUGGGAGCUUGUGUUGAAAGAGUACAAACUGGUUCCAUACCUCAAGGAUAAACUAAAACCAGGCUCUGCAGAAGAUGACCUCGUCUUGGAAGUGGUGAUCAUGAUUGGAACGGUAUCGAUGGAUGACUCCUGUGCUGCUAUGUUGGCCAAAUCUGGAAUUAUUCCAGCACUCAUUGAACUUCUCAAUGUUGAAACAGAGUUUGUCUGCCAAAUCAUCUAUGUCUUUUACCAGAUGGUCUUCCACCAAGCCACCAGAGAUGUCAUCAUCAAGGAGACCCAGGCUCCAGCAUAUCUGAUAGACCUGAUGCAUGACAAAAAUGCGGAGAUCCGCAAAGUCUGUGACAACACACUGGAUAUUAUAGCGGAAUACGAUGAGGAGUGGGCCAAGAAGAUCCAGAGUGAGAAAUUCCGAUGGCACAACUCUCAGUGGCUGGAGAUGGUGGAGAGCCGGCAGAUGGAUGAGAAUGAGCAAUGCCUGUAUGGGGAUGACCGCAUUGAGCCGUACAUCCACGAGGGAGACAUUCUCGAAAGGCCUGACCUUUAUUACAAUUCAGAUGGCCUGAUAGCCCCUGAUGCAGCUGUGAGUCCAGAUUUCUUCAAUGAUUAUCACCUCCAAAAUGGAGACUUAGUCGGGCAACAUCCCUUCUCCAGCAGCAUUGGAGUGGAUGGAUUUGGUCACCCAGCGGGUACCCCAGGCCGCCCUGCGACUGCGUAUGGAUACCGUCCUGAUGAACCUUUCUACUACGGCUUUGGUUCCCGAUAAAACAUCCCUCUGCGUCCUCUAGGGUGCUGUCUUCCUGCUCUGUUAGAAACCAGUUGUAUGUAGCUGACUUGAGAGCACUCCCUGGUAAUGCAUGAUUAUACUGGAAUGGAUCUGUGAGAGCUAUCGUUUGGUAUGUGUAGCUGUAGAUAAACCUAACCCUUUCUGGGUCUAGCAUUUCAGAAGUGACUGUGUUCGCCCCUUGGUUUCUCUUUAUUAUAAUUUAUGUACAGUGUUUGCCAUGUGACUUGAAAGCAAGCAUUGAAAAGCUACUAGACUGGAAAGUAAACAUUGCAUUAUGUAUAUUAAGCAAGUAAUUUAAUUUCUAUUAAAAAGGAAAACCAUGCAGUCA